GCGAGGCCGCGGGUGAGCUCCUCCGAGAGCUCUUGCGCCUGAUCGCCGAGGAGGCGACCGCCAUGCUGCCGGCACUCGAGGAGUCCGUCGAGGCGGUCGUGUCGAAGACCCUUCAGAUGCUGUCGACGUCGAGCUCGGACUCGUACGCGAUUUCACAGCCGUCGCAGACCGCCUCGAGAAGCAUCUCGAGACGGUGCUGAUCGAGGAGGGGAUCGGCAAGCUCGUGUCCAAGUUCCUGCUCGGCCGCUGCGGUAGGCGCUGUCCUCGAGAAGCUGAGCGACGUCGCCUCCGAGCAGCUGAAGCUGGCGGAGCAGAUGGAGAAGACGAUCGCGGCGAAGGUCGCUAGUGUUGGCGACGCCGCGAACCAGAAGCUGCUCAAGUUCGUCGGCGGCAAGGGCAGCAUCAAGAGCCGCGUCGUCAAGUCCGUCCUCAGCGCCGCGACAAAGUACGAGGUCAGCGCCGGCGGCUUCCAAGGGAGCUUCGACAUGCUGCGGCUGGCCCUUCGCCGAAGCCCGAUCCGGCUCAACGUCGACGACAGCGAGCUGACGUACCUGCUCGACACGCUCGUGAAGCUCGAGGCGCUGGAGGUGAAGAGCGACACGUGGAAGGACGCGGCGUCCACCUGGAUGUCCGUCCUCGAGCUGCGGCGCAAGAUCGGCGUCGAGCGCGGCAUCGCCGUCAUCGACUGCAUCGCGGGCGACCAGAAGGUGCUCGACGCGCUCGGCGCCGCCAAGGCGCUCUUCGACAUCGAGGGCGACGCGCCGCCCGACAUCUUGGCGCGGCUCAGCAAGGCAGCCGGCGGCCACAUCCGCGCCAACGGCUACAGCUACCGCAAGAAGAUCAACCUCGAGCUCGCGCGCAUCCGCCGCGUGCGCGACCUGCAGAUGCGCGGCGUGGCGCUCGUCGGGACGGCGAUUGCGGCUGCGCUCAUCUCGACCUUCAACUACCUCUACUCCGUCGCCGACGGCGUGGAGCCGUGGUGGCUGCCGCCGGCCGUCGUGCUCGGCGUCCUCUGCGUCCUCCUUCCCGCCGCGGCGGUCCUCGUCUACCUCCACCUCCUGCACAAGCGCAAGUCGGCGGGCUCGAGGCUGGGCGGCGGGCUCGGGCACGGCGCCUGAGCUUUCUCCACCGACCCCGGGAGGAGGGCCGCGCCUGGCCCUUAGUCCCUCUCUGCCGCCGCCGCGGCCUGUGCAAGCCUUGCCUGAGGGCUCGAGGCUGGGCGCGGCGGGCGCACAGGCGCUACGGACCUGAACGCGCGGGAAACGGGGAUGUGACGCACUCUAGCGCGUCUAGGCUCUGGGCAUGUCCGUCUAGGGUACCAUACUUCCGCGGUGUGCUAUGAUGUAACAUACUUCCGGGCCGGUGUGCGGGGAGCGAACCUUAACGACCGCCCAGAAGCUUUCUGAGC